UCUUGGUUUUCCAUGGAUGUUCCCCUCCUUCCCUCCCCACCCAGAAAAUAAGUGCCCCCCCAACUCCCGGGUCACUCUCCCCUCCGGAUUUCUCCCCCCCUCUCUCCCAUCCGCCCCUCUAAGUCUUCUACGUCUGCUCCCCUCGCUUUUAUUCCCUUCUUCUUCCAAUUCCCCUCCAUCACCAGCUCGACUCACCCGCAACCAACUCGCAACACUUCGCCCGUCUCAUCACGACCGGUUCAUAUUUUUCAAGAGGCCAUCCAAAGCCUUCAUUCCUCAACCAAUAUCAAUAAACUCAGCCUUUCCAUGACCAUCGAUCAAUCAUAUCCAAUGACCAUCAUUACGUUCAAGAUCACCGCUUUCACCCUUUAAACCCCACGGGAGCGCGCGCAAGCGAAGAGCUAGCAGUCGAGAGCGAGAGCGAGAGUCACAAAUAUCCUACGAAUCAGACGAUAUUCAACCAUCGUGCUGUCGGGCCCAGCCGAAUUGUCCGAUUUCCGAUCGCAAACUUGCCGUCGUCCUUAGUCGCCUCCCAAAUCUAGGAAUCGCGACUUGACUACGUCGAGAUGCCCGGUGCAAACGUAGCAGUCCUCCCGCCCCCUGCGGCCUCGACAGCGUCUUCGCGAAAGGCCUCGCUGGCACCCGAACGUAAAUACAAGUGCCAGUUCUGCAACAGGGCCUUCAGCAGGAGCGAACACCGAAGUCGCCAUGAACGAUCACAUACCAAGGAGCGUCCUUUCAAGUGCAUGAAGUGUAGGAGUACUUUUGUCCGCCGUGACCUUCUUCUUAGACAUGACCGUACCGUCCACGCCAAGGACGGCGGCGUACCUCUUCACAGCGAUGGCAAACGCCGGGCCGGUCCCAAGACUCGCGCUGUCGGUGCCCCCUCAAAAUCAUCUAUCGCUAUUGAUACUUCAACCCUGGAGCAAAUGGAAUCUGGUGCUGAUGGCAUCUUUGACGUUGAGACUGCUGCCAUGCUUGUAGCCGAUCUGCAUCACAAGGCCACCGCCGCUAUGCGCGAAGACCAUUCGUACGAGGACAGUCCAUCGAUGGCUUAUUCACCCCACAACGCUUCUGCUAUGGAGUCUACUGUGACCUACCCUUCCGGCGCCAUCGCAUUGCCUCAGGUUCAGUGGGAUGGCUUCAUGUCUCAAUCAGUCGCCGAGCCCAAAGCCCAUUCGAUAACGUCCAGUGCAUCCGGGUCAUUCGAGUCUCAACCUUCUUUCGCCAGCGGAACGACCCUGCAAGCUAAUUCAAAUCAGCUCCCCCCUAUUAGCGGACAGAACUGUAAUGGCCUGGUACCGGCUCUACAGUCCAUGAUCAACUCAUUGCCCAAUUCUGCCGCUGCGCCACCAUCUCCAUGGUCGUCAGAGUCAUCCAAGCCUGGAUACAAGGCCCCUGAAGUGAUGGGGGAUGAUGAGCGCAACGCUAUCCUUGACAACAUUCGUAGUGCCGACAGCGAGCAUGCCAUCCCCGAGGGUUUCCGCCUGCCAGGCCUAGGUUCCUUGAAUCGGUACCUUUCAACAUACUUCGGUCUAUUCCAUCACCAUUUGCCUUUCUUGCAUCCUGCUUCAUUCCAUCCCACCAAGGUCUCACCCCAGCUUUUGUUAGCAGUUCUCAGCAUUGGCGCUCUCUAUGCUUUCGACCAAGAACAAGCAUACAUGCUCCACAUUGGCUCCAAGGUUCUGGUUAACCAGUUCCUACAAAGUAAGGAGAAUUUCAGCUCCCGAAAGUGUCCCCUGUGGACCAUGCAGAGCAACCUCCUCAACAUGAUCUUUGCUAGCUGGAGUGGUGACCCUAAGGGCCUGGAGUGGACCUGCUCAAUCAAGAGUCUGCUCGCCAACAUGGUUGCUGGUAACAGGUACGAGUUGAAGCUUCGCCAAGAAGCUCGGUCAGGUGCAAAGCCCACUCGUGCCGAGUGGGUAGAAGACGAGGGCUGCCGUCGUACAUAUUACGCUGUCUACAUCUUCUUUGGUCUUUUGACACUUACAUACAACCACACACCGGCCAUCAGUUUUAGCGAGUUUGAAGAUUUACAGCUUCCUUCCACUGAAACACUAUGGAACUUGCAGGUACCAGACGAGGCGGCAUGGCAAGAACAUCUGGCAGCUUCCACUACCGUGACCUUUAUGGAGGCUCACGACAACCUUUUUCAGGGCGAGACGCUUCGAUACAGCACAUUCGGCACCCGCGUCAUGAUCAACGCUUUGUUUCUCGAGGUCUGGUAUCACAAGCGCAGUCCUGAAGCACUGCAAGACGUGGUAACAGAGUACAAGUUGCGGCUGGCGCUAGAAACAUGGGAGAAGUCCGUCGAUAUGUGCGAGGCCGAGGCCUUUCCUGUACCGAUCAGUGCUCCCCACAAAGGUCAUCCUUUGAUCUUCAACGCGAAAGCCAUGUACCGUAAUGCUCGUGCCCGCCUGGAAGUUGACCUCAAGGCAGUCCAGGAAGCGCUUCGCUACCAUGAGUCCUAUGAGGUUGCUGCUGCGAUGACGCAUUCCCGGGAUCGCGUGAAGCGCUCGAGUGAGAUGAUCAAGGUUAUUGAGGAAUGCUACAACUGCCUAGAGACUGUUGUCUCUCAAGGAGUCAGAUGGAUUGCCCGUGUAUCGCCUACCAACUGGAGCGUGGAGCAUGCGCUCUGCGGAAUGGAUCUCAUGAUCAUUCUAUCGCUGUGGUUGUAUCGUCUGGAACAUGACGAGGAGCCUGCGACUCAGGAAGAGAUGGCCAUGUACAACAAGGUUCGACAGCUUCUUGUGAAGGAAAUUGAUGAGAACUACAUGUCUCAGCUGAGCGCAGUUGUCGCACGACUCUGGGGCUCGAUACUCGAUGAAGUUGUUGUCUGGGGGUAUGUAUCAACGGUGCAAACAUCUCUCAGAAUUACAUUGCUAACACAGCACACAGCAUGACACGACUUAUGGGCGACGCCUUCAAAUUGCAUUCUCAGGCCCUUGUCGGCUACGUCGAUGAUCCUGAAGCAUCCUCAAAUGUCUCGACUCCCUCGAUGAUCUCGCAGGGGGCUGAUGAGGAUAGCGUGUACUAAAACUAAUUAGCCAUGACUGAAAUGACUUUUUCCUUUGUUUGCCCUCGGGCCGGUUCGGGCUUUCCUUUUCUCCUAGGCAUAUACCUCUCUGCUUGAUUAUGUUUGGUUUUGGUUGUGGGUUAAUUCGUUCCUCUCUGACUUUGUCGGCUCCGGCGCGAAGGGCUCGGGAGGGAGUUGGACUCGUCCCGUCUCCUAUGAAUUUGUUUUCGCAGUCUCCUUAUGGUUGUCAUUUCAUUAUCUCCUUGGCGAUACCCGAGACAGGGCGGGUAAUCGCAAUGUCCAGUCUACUGCAGUUUUAUCAUUGCAAGUCUGUUGUUAUUAUUGUUGGACACGUCAGAUGCCCUGUUGUUUCUUGUUUACGUCUCUCUCUCCCUGUUGCAUGGUUACAAAGGGUCAAACGGCAUUAAUUGGGGUCAAGGAAGGGGAUCGGGAAACGGUUUUCGCAUUGGGCUUGUGCCCCGGACAGAGGGAACUGGAUCAUUUGCGUAGUGACAGCGCAGGCUAAUGACUGCGAUGGCAGGACAGUUGGCAGGUCCAAGAUGGCUGGUGUCGCCUUCUACUUCCCCUGUUCUAUAUGCUAUGGCACCUUUAUUGUUUUCGUCUUAUAAUACUUUUGCGUAUUUCUUUCUGCUGCUUUACAGGCAGUUUUCAACGCUCGGUUCCGUCUUGGUCCGCUUCGCAUGGUAUGGCAUUGCUCUGCUUCGCCUCUUGUUCGAUUCUUCUCCUAUUUACUUUUCACUUAUUUUUUGUCGAAUUGUUCAGUUUGGUUUUCAGAUACCUUGUUCGAUAUACAGAUUGUUUCUUUUGCGGCCAUAUGACGGCAAUAACAUGAUCUGGCAUGUCCUGGGAACCCGUUUUUGGGCCCACGACGCAGCGUCGCAUACCGUCAAGAGGAGGCUGGCCCAUACUCGUGUAUAGAUGAAUAGUGUUUGCUUUGAAUAAUCAGCACCUGUCAAAAC